GUGAAAGCCCUCCAGUCCUUAGCCCGUUCAGAAUACGAGACUCUAAGCUUAUUGGAGGGCCGACUUGCUUUACGGCUCCGGGCCUCUUUUUACAGCAUUUUCCGGCCUCCCAUUCACUUCGCUGUGAAGAUGGCGUCGGGCAGCGGGACAAAAAACUUGGACUUUCGCCGAAAGUGGGACAAAGAUGAAUACGAAAAGCUUGCCGAGAAGAGGCUCACGGAAGAGAGGGAGAAGAAGGAUGGAAAACCAGUGCAGCCAGUCAAGCGGGAACUUCUGCGACACAGAGACUACAAAGUGGACCUGGAAUCUAAGCUUGGCAAGACAAUUGUCAUUACCAAGACCACCCCACAGUCUGAGAUGGGAGGAUAUUAUUGCAACGUCUGCGACUGUGUGGUGAAGGAUUCCAUCAAUUUCCUGGAUCACAUUAACGGAAAGAAACAUCAGCGAAACCUGGGUAUGUCUAUGCGUGUGGAACGAUCUACACUGGAUCAGGUGAAGAAACGUUUUGAGGUCAACAAGAAGAAGAUGGAAGAGAAGCAGAAGGAUUAUGAUUUUGAGGAAAGGAUGAAGGAGCUCAGAGAAGAAGAGGAAAAGGCUAAAGCCUACAAGAAAGAGAAACAGAAGGAGAAGAAAAGGAGGGCUGAGGAGGACUUGACAUUUGAAGAGGAUGAUGAGAUGGCAGCUGUGAUGGGCUUCUCUGGCUUUGGUUCCACGAAGAAAAGUUACUGACGCUUUCUAUACUUGGCCUCAUUUUGGCCUAUGCUGGACCUAACUUUGUGUGUGUAUGUGUUGGGGGUAAGGGAAAUACUUCUUUUUGGGUACUGGGGAAAUCCUUAAGAGUGUCAGUGGGGAGGGCUAGAGGGUGGGUGUUUGUGAUUUCCCUCUACCUUGGGAGAGGGCACAGGAUGCAGAGGUAAUGCUAUGGCAUAUUCCUUGAGCCUCAGUUUAUCGCUGGAGUCACAGGACCUCUGCCCAUCUGAGUUCCCAAUAAAACAAACAAAACCCACCUUCCCUCGGAGGCUGCUUUCCCAAAAGCCUCUGCAUCUUCAUCUAUUCACCUUCUUGUCUGAGCAUCCUACCUUUAUCCUGUGUUCUGCCUUUGUUUUAAUUUUGACUUAAUGUUCAGCCUGCAGCAGAAGGGAUCUCGGGCUCCCCACUUUCCAGUUGAUGGGAUAUCCUUGACAAGCCCUUCCUUCUCCCAUCCUGCCCUGAGGUUCUUCAGCCACCUGUGCAUGCAUGUGUACUUCUGCCUGGGUCAGUGGUGUGUGCGGAUGUGUGUGCAUGAAUCUGUCACAUAGAGGGGGCCUGCGCUAGAAUCUCAGAGCAUUGUUGCCUUGGGGCCUGAUGUUCUCGCCUCCUCAGAGCAUGUAACAGGAAAUUAAAUGGGAUGAGUGUUUGGUGUGGCUUGUGUCUGGUGAGUUUUUUAACAUUGUUCUUCGGAUGUAGACUGUUUCAACUACUGUUUGUUUCCUUUUACUGAGGAUUUCUCUGUUUUUGUCUUCCUUGUGAGCAGGCUCUUGGAAGAACCUGUUUGAUGCAAAAAAGAAAACAACAACAAAAACAACAAAAGCUCAAAACCUCAUUGUGGGAGCCCUUGGGUCACAGGGCUGUUAAACAUAUAUAAUAAAUAGCGUUGAGUGGG